GUUCCGCUCGUCUGACUUACGCGCUGUUUUGUUUGCGACGCUGUCGCCGAAAGAGUGCGCUUUACGGCUGCGCGGGACGCAGCGAGCCAGAGCCAGGGCCUCUCGGCCGGGAAGCAGGGUAGGCGGGCGAGGUUGAUGCCUGGCGGCGGGGCGAGCACGGCGUCUAGCCGGCUUUUCUCCUCAGCGGAUCCCAGAGGGGCGCGGGAGGCGGCGGCGUUCCGGAGCAGCCCGGCGGGCUCGAGCGGAGGCCGAGGCGGAGCAGGUGGCCCCGGGCCAGGGAUUGGAGGCCCCGCGGGCAGGAUGAGCCUGACCCCGAAGGAGCUCUCGAGCCUGCUGAGCAUCAUCUCCGAGGAGGCGGGCGGCGGCAGCACCUUCGAGGGCCUGUCCACCGCCUUCCACCACUACUUCAGCAAGGCCGACCACUUCCGCCUGGGCUCGGUGCUGGUGAUGCUGCUGCAGCAGCCGGACCUGCUGCCCAGCGCGGCGCAGCGCCUCACCGCGCUCUACCUGCUCUGGGAGAUGUACCGCACAGAGCCGCUCGCCGCCAACCCGUUCGCCGCCAGCUUCGCGCACCUGCUCAACCCGGCGCCGCCCGCCCGCGGCGGACAGGAGCCCGACCGGCCCCCGCUCUCAGGGUUUUUGCCUCCUAUAACUCCACCAGAAAAGUUUUUUCUUUCCCAGCUCAUGCUGGCACCCCCAAGGGAACUGUUCAAAAAGACACCUCGCCAGAUUGCCUUGAUGGAUGUUGGAAACAUGGGACAAUCUGUGGACAUUAGCGGCCUUCAGCUAGCCCUGGCAGAACGUCAGUCCGAGCUGCCAACCCAGAGCAAAGCCAGCUUCCCAAGCAUCCUCAGUGACCCAGACCCGGAUUCCUCCAACUCUGGAUUUGACAGCUCUGUUGCCUCUCGGAUCACAGAGUCUUUAGUCAGUGGACCAAAGCCACCUAUUGAAAGCCACUUUCGACCAGAAUUUAUCCGCCCACCACCACCUCUCCACAUCUGUGAGGAUGAACUGGCCUGGCUAAAUCCUACAGAACCUGAGCAUGCCAUUCAGUGGGACAGAUCAAUGUGUGUGAAGAAUAGCACUGGUGUGGAGAUCAAGCGGAUCAUGGCGAAAGCCUUCAAAAGCCCUCUAUCUUCUCCCCAACAGACACAGCUCCUUGGUGAGUUAGAAAAAGACCCCAAGCUUGUUUAUCACAUUGGCCUUACUCCAGCGAAACUUCCAGACCUAGUGGAAAACAACCCUUUAGUCGCUAUAGAAAUGCUGCUGAAACUAAUGCAGUCAAGCCAGAUCACAGAGUAUUUCUCUGUCCUGGUCAAUAUGGACAUGUCCUUACAUUCAAUGGAAGUUGUAAAUCGACUAACUACAGCUGUUGACCUACCUCCUGAAUUUAUUCACCUAUACAUAUCCAAUUGCAUUUCUACUUGUGAACAAAUUAAGGAUAAAUAUAUGCAGAAUCGUUUGGUGCGUCUUGUGUGUGUGUUUCUCCAGUCUUUGAUCCGUAACAAAAUUAUUAACGUGCAGGACUUGUUUAUAGAAGUGCAGGCCUUUUGCAUUGAAUUUAGUAGGAUACGGGAAGCUGCAGGCCUAUUCCGGUUGCUGAAGACACUGGAUACUGGGGAAACCCCAUCAGAGACCAAAAUAUCAAAAUAAUACCUCACCAGAACUGCCCCUUCUAUUGCUCAACUGUAUUUGGAUUGGUUUUUAAACUGUUGUAACUCUCAAGUGGAUUGCUUGCUUUAUCUAAGAAAUAUAAAUGGCUUUAUUUACUUAAAGUAAAAUUUCCUUUUUCCUA